CAGCUUGGAGACGGCCAAUCAGCUCUCCUCCCCGCUGCUACGAUAGAACAUCUCGGGCAAAACAACAGCUCGUCGUCAACUUGAACGGUUUCGGAGUGGGACUACCAAAAGAUACAGCGUGGAAAAAUGGCGAAUUGACCACAGUUGUUGUUUGUGGGGAGGCUUUAAACGUUUGGGCUUCUGUUUAAGCUUGAAGUCCGAGCCGAUUUAGAGCUAUAUUCGGAGCUGCGGUGUUAGCUCUUAAGCUAACUGUAGGGAAACCAUCGGGCGAUCCAGCAGAUAAAAAAGAUGGGGUCCAUCCUGAGUCGUAGGAUUGCUGGUGUUGAAGACAUCGAUAUCCAGGCCAACUCUGCCUAUCGAUUUCCACCGAAAUCUGGAAAUUACUUCGCCAGUCACUUCUUUAUGGGAGGAGAGAAAUUUGACACGCCACAUCCAGAGGGAUACCUCUUCGGGGAAAACAUGGACCUGAAUUUUCUUGGAAAUAGACCAGUGCAGUUUCCGUACGUGACACCUGCGCCCCACGAACCUGUGAAAACCCUGAGGAGUCUGGUGAACAUCAGAAAGGACUCCUUGCGUUUAGUCAGAUAUAAAGAUGACUCUGACACAUCAGUGGAGGACGGAGGGAAACCAAAGGUUCAGUACGGCGUGGAGUUUACCUUCGAUGCUGAUGCUCGGGUCGCCAUUACCCUCUACUGCCAGGCGUUUGAGGAGUUCUCCAAUGGGAUGGCUGUGUACAGCCCAAAAGAUCCAACGAUGGUUUCGGARACAGUGCACUACAAGCGGGGGGUGAACCAGCAGUUCUCCAUGCCGUCCUUCAAAAUAGAUUUCAGCGAGUGGAAAGAAGAAGAUCUGAACUUCGACCUGGACCGGGGAGUGUUUCCCAUGGUAAUCCAAGCUGUGGUUGAUGAAGGGGAUGAUUGUCUUGGACAUGCUCAUGUGCUACUGGCAGCAUUUGAAAGACAUGUUGAUGGCAGUUUCUCUGUCAAGCCACUGAAGCAGAAGCAAAUUGUGGAUCGUGUGAGCUACCUCUUACAGGAAAUCUAUGGAAUUGAGAACAAAAACAACCAAGAAACUAAGCCGUCUGAUGAUGAGAACAGCGACAACAGCAACGAGUGUGUCGUGUGUCUGUCUGACCUGCGAGACACUCUCAUCCUGCCCUGCAGACAUCUGUGCCUCUGCAACUCCUGCGCAGACACACUGCGCUACCAGGCCAACAACUGUCCCAUCUGCAGACUGCCUUUCAGAGCCUUGCUGCAGAUCAGAGCUGUGAGGAAGAAGCCCGGAGCKCUUUCUCCUGUGUCCUUCAGUCCAGUUCUGGCUCAAACCAUGGACCACGAUGAGCACUCAGGCACGGACUCGGUUCCCCCUGGUUUCGAGCCCAUUUCGCUGCUGGAGGCUCUGAACGGCCUGCGGUCCGUGUCCCCUGCCAUUCCUUCAGCCCCCCUGUACGACGAAAUCAAUUUCUCGGGGGGGCCGGGAGGCGACGGCCGACAGCUGAGCUCACCUGAGCAUUUAAGCGAUGGAAGUCUGCAGAAGAGCAAAGUCAGCAAGUCGCCUGACAGCACCCUUCGAUCACCAUCCUCUCCAAUCCAGGAGGAGGAUGAGGAGAAGCUGUCUGAGAUGUCUGACACUCAGCCACACACGCUUCUCUCCAGCAGUCCCGCCCCGACAGACGCAACAGCGAACGAAGACAUGGCCGAGUCUCUUUCUCCAGACGACGGUGAGUUCUCUCCUUCGGCUCUCCGUGAAAAGAGGGUCGGUAAUGUGUUUGACAUUGUGCCUGUCCUGGGUGAUCCAGAGGACAGGAUGCACACUGGAGGAGACAUCCUGCAGGACUGCAGCAGCGAGCGCUGCAGCUUGACCAAAACAGAAAGCGACCCUGCGUGUGAUCUGUCUCUGCCCGGUUCAUCAGAGUCAACAGAAAGUCUGAAAAGUCAGAGCACAAACUGCUCCAGCCAGCCUCUCCUGUGUCCCUCAAGCAGCCUUCAUAUGGAAGACGAGCACUUCAACCCCUGACGCUUUUUCUCCCAAAGUUCCUCUUCAGAAGAUUCUCCCAAACCACCCUCCUCAAACCAGUCCUCUUGUGUGGUCGUGAGAUGAGAGGAAGUUAAAAAAUGACAAGGAGGGGGACUCGAUUCAUUCCAUCAAUACAAGAAAGUGAUUGACAUAAAAAAAAUUUUUCCCUUUUUCAGCUUUGAAAACAUUUCCUUUAGUUUUCAUCAGUUGUGUGUCUCCGCCAGAUUUGUGGUCCUGAGGGAUUUCACUACUUGUCACGGUGCUUAUAAGCACAUUUAAUAUAAAUUGAAUCACGAGAAUUUCUUGACAUUAAAAUCAAAAAGCGUUUAAAUGCAGUUUGUGCUUAAAUAUUGUAAUUAUUAGUAAAAAAAAAAAAAACAUUUCAGUUAUGACUUUUAUUUACGGUUAGUAUUUAAAGAAAUGUUUCUUAUGUAUCUGUGUCCAUUUUUGUGAUUUUGCACUCCAACAAAAUUAAUUAUCCAUUCCUUUUUAGCAAAUGAGCGUGAAAAUACUUUUAACUUUGUCCCUAAAUAUCAGGACGUUUGUUUUUAAUAUGUUAAAAUAACUUCAAGAACUCUGUGUAGAUACUUUUAAAAUGUAUUACUUGCCUAUUAUAUAUGUUAAAAACAAAUCUGGGGUUUAAGAUGAGAACAUUUUAACAUGUUAUAUUAUUUAAUUGUUUUAACAAUAAGCACUACAGAUUUAGGUCCCAACAGCUGCUUUUGAAGCCUGAAACAAACAUUAUGCUGGUUCAGUAUUCGUCUCAGCAAGCGUACUUGUCAUUGAUGUGACUGAUCUCUGUACAGUCUUUGUGGCAAAGUAAGUGUUUGCUUAUAUUGUAGCUGCAAAAAAAAAAAAGUCACGUGUUUGUGUGACAGCAGCAGCUUUAUUUACCUUGGUCCUGUAUGUGUAGCAUCAUGCAUAUAGAUCUAUGUGCCUUGAAUUAGCUGCCUGCUCGCGAUGAACACUAAACGCUUCAGUGUAAAGCAGAUUCAGCCCCACAGUCAGGUUUUAAGUUUUAUUUAAUGUGUCUAUUUUCAUGCUAGGAAAAAUAUUAUGAGGCAGUUUUAAGUUGGAGAUGUUUUAUUUGUGUUUUCACCAAAUGAGAACAAGUGAGGUUAUGUAUUAUUGAUGGAACACAUCUGAUGCAGACUUUGCAUUAUAAUAACUGGGCUUGCUUUUGCAUGCAACAUUGUAGAGGCUUUUUUUUUAAAUACCUCUCUUUAUUUGAAGUACUGUUAUUUUGUCUUUAUUCUCUCCUUUUUUUCUGUGCCAUUUCAAGUCGACACUGUGCCUUCCUGUUCUGACCACUAUUGACCUGGUAUCCAGGAGAACCCCACAGUAGGUGGUGUUUGGCUCUCUGUAAAAUCUGGUCCUGUCUCUCUCUGUGUAUAGCAGCAUGUGUAUAACAAUAAAAUAUGGAGAUUCAGA